GAACUUUGGAAUUACGGUCACAAUCUGGAAUGUGGGCAAAUAGGAGAGACUUAAAACUUGAAAAGGAGGGUCUUAGUAUCAGCCAAACUGUGUAUUGGAUUUUUACUUGUCUAGACAUUCUGCUUGACACCAGGAUAUCUGGCAGUGUAUUUUUGAAUCUGUGCGAAUUCAUUUGCUUUCUGUGCCGUUCAGUUGAAUCAUUCUCCACAAAUCACUGAACGUUUCUAUGCAUUGAUGCUGUCAGUGUACAAAUAAGGUGUGCUGGGCAUCCGUAAGGGCUGAAAAUGGAAUAUGCGAAAAAGUCUCUCAGUUUCUUAUCUUCUAGUUCCAUCUCCAGGUGCGUGUCUGCCAGUGCAUCAGUAACUUCUCACCUGUUGAAUGGUGGUCCACAUCAAAGACCAUUCAGAGUAUGCAACUGGGAUCGGAGUUUGAAGAAAGGUAUCAUGGCAGAGGGUCUUCAUGAUCUACUGGACAAGGUCCAAAAAUCACUACAUACGACAUCCAGUGUCUCGCUUCUACUGGAGGAGGAUGGGACCUUCAUUGAGACUGAAGAAUUCUUUCAGACUGUUUUAGACAACACCCUCUUUAUGGUCAUUGAGAGAGGGCAAAAGUGGACACCACCAGAGAAUACUGGCUUUCACCUGCGUUUCCCUGACAAAUUGUGUAGAAGAAAAGAUGUUGCCAGAAUAACCUUUGACCUCUACAAAGAAAAUCCACGUGAUUUCAUUGGUUGUCUGAAUGUAAAAAUGACUCUCUAUGGCUCAUAUUCUCUAUCAUGCGAUCUUCAAUGUAUGGGGGCAAAGAAAAUAAUGAGGGAAGCCCUGCGCUUGACAAUGUUAACAAUGCAAGCUACAGGACACAUCCUACUUGGUACAUCAAGCUAUGUCCAGCAGCUUUUGGAUGAAGUGGAACAACAUGUAGCAGGGAGACCCUUGCCCCUUCUUGAAUGAAGGACACCUGCCUGGUAUAUUCAUGGAACAUAUUAAUGACUUUUUCAUACAAGCCUUGAUGUUUGGCCCACUUUAUGUAACCAAGUAUGCCAAUACUGAAUACUGGAACCGUGAGGAACUUUGUAAUCAGACCUUAAGUGAUAUGGCUCAACUAGUAAAGUUUUUUUGCAAAAAAACCUGUCAACUCUGAACACAGAACCAUGCUAGCACAAAUUUGUUCCUACAUAAGGUGGCCGAACUGGUUUAGUGGAAUAAUUGUGCAUUGACAGAAUAACCACCUGUUACACACUAGAAAUUUUCAUAUCAAUGUAGUUAAUCAAUUUGAAAUUGGAUUAUUAGAGCUUUAUUUCCCUUUAUGUACUUGGGUGGUGCACAAACCCAGUUGGUUUCUUUUAGCUUCCACUUAUAGGAAAACUAAAUGAACUCUAACAACAUUUGUGUUUUACCUAAAAACCCGUAUUUGUCAUAUUCCCAUAAGAUUAUUUAUUCAAGGUUUCACUUAAAUCAGUAAUUGCAAUAAUGCAUUAUAAUCUAGGAAUUGACUAUUUAUAACACUACUUUCCUCUCAAAUGGGAAGGGAAUUUCUAUUAGAAGGAUCACAUGCUUUGCUGAUUUGCAAUCUGGAUUUACUGUAGUAAGUUUAUUCAGUGAUCUUUUAACAGAGCUAAAACUAUCAAAAUAACAAUGAGGUAAUGUAUUCAUGUCCGCCUGUGGCAAUAGCAAGUCCUCACCAGGAAAGAUGUAUUAAUAGCAAUUUAGUUGUAAAUCUAAUACUUCUAAUUGAUCAUUAAACAACAUACAUCAAAGUUGCUGGUGAACGCAGCAGGCCAAGCAGCAUCUAUAGGAAGAGGCGCAGUCGACGUUUCAGGCCAAGACCCUUCAUUAGUAUGUUUGCUUCUAUGUGAAUACAGAAUGUUUAUCUGAAAUCUAAUCUUGGUGUACUAAUUCAUCCUUCUACUUCACCUUCAGUGAAACAUGGUUUCAGGCAAAAUCUGGAUGGUUUUCAAAGUGCAAAUCAGACCAUUCACUUCCAAAAUCCAUAGAAAAGAAUAGUCAUAGUCAUACUUUAUUGAUCCCGGGGGAAAUUGGUUAAAUAAUUAAAUAGUAAUAUGUAAGUUAUGCCAGGAAAUAAGUCCAGGACCAGCCUAUUGGCUCGGUGUCUGACCCUCCAAGGGAGGAGUUGUAAAAAUAAAGCCACAGGUGAUGAGCUCAGUUUCCAUCUUUUGCAAAACUGAUAUAUUUAUGAUUAAAAACAAAAUCUAGAAUAACUCUCAAGUAGAUAAAAGAUAGUUGAAGUAAGUUUUAUCCCCUUCAUCAGAAUUGAUGGAAGUUCCUGGAUGUUAGUAUUGACUGUUUCACUUUCUGUAAAUGAGGAGCAUAUCUAAUUUGUGUUAGAACAUAGAACUUUAGACCACAAUUGUUGUGCCAUACCAAUUAAAUUAGUAAUUAAAUGGCUAACUAAACAAAUCCCUUCUGUCCACACAAUGUGCAUACCCUUCAAUUUCCCUCACAUUCAUGUGCGUACUCAGGUCUCCGAAAGUCCCUAAUGCAUCUGCCCCUACCACGACCCCGAGCAGCCCAUUCAACCCUCACACACCUUAAUGCAAGCCCUCUGGUGUCAGAUAUUUCAGCCUGGGAGCAAUGCACUGUUUGUUCAUUUCAGAUGUCUAGCAAUUGUUUGUCUUUGGCAAUUCAAUCCAUUGAAAUGUUAAUCUAUUUCAAAUUAGUUUAAAACUCCAUAAUAACUAAAUAAAAAUUAAUUUGUGUUGCUGGUGCCAUUGAUACUUGAAUUGACCUACUGAGUAUAACCAUGUAACCAUAUAACAAUUACAGCACGGAAACAGGCCACCUUGGCCCUUCUAGUCCGUGCCAAACCUAGUCCCACCGACCUGCACUCAGCCCAUAACCCUCAAUUCCUUCCCUGCCCAUAUAGCUGUCCAAUUUAACUUUAAACACAAUAUCUAGUGGUAAUUCUAAUUGCAAAUAUU